UCCCGCGCAACUCCGGAACUAAUAAAAUCCCGAGCCCGAAAAUUAAUCAGAAUCGUUUUAGCAUCGUUUACAAAGGAAGUCCAUAUUGAUAUUCAUAUUGUUUUGUUUAGUGGCCAGUGGAGGAGAUCCUCGAAAUUUAUAGCGUGAUAUUUACCGAUCAAGAUGGGAGACCGUUACAACAUCCACAGUCAGUUAGAACACCUGCAGUCUAAGUACAUCGGCACUGGUCACGCUGACACUAACAAAUGGGAGUGGAUGACCAAUCAGCACAGAGACAGCUCAGCUUCUUACAUGGGACACGCCGACAUGCUGAAUUACUUCGCAUUAGUGGAGAAUGAAUCCAGAGCGCGAGUACGUUUCAACCUGAUGGAACGGAUGUUACAGCCGUGUGGUCCCCCACCAGAGAGGCCAGAGGACUGAGACACACACACACACCCAUUAACUUUGUGUGCAUGCCUGGAGAGCCUUCAAGCAACACCAGACUUUUUUUUAUAACAUUAUCAUAAAGUAUUGGUUAUUUUACUUUUCAAGACAUUUCAUACUGGAUCUUUGAUCUCUUAAUUUUGAAGCUGUUUAUGAUUUUAUAUGUAUUAGAGUUAAUUCACAUGAACUUUCAAAAAAUAUUAUACAUCUGGUUAUAUUC